UAGGACGUGAGGCCCUCUGCGCGCGCUUAGAGCGUGGGCGUCCCCGUGGGGCGGUGUGUGUGGCGGGGGAGUAUUCGCCCCGGCAGCGGCGCCCGCGGCCCCUUCCAUCUGGGGCUCCUUUUGGGCUGGCCCCUGGCGGGCGGCUCCAGAAUCUUGAAGAAGAACUCGAGAACCCAAAGCGAACCCAGCCGCCAGAGGUGCGCGCUGUGCGACCCGAGCAAUGGCGGCGGCGUCGGUGUCGGUGGCUUCUGAUUCUCAGUUCUCGAAUGUCUUAGCUGAACCAUCGAAAUCUAAUGGAAAUAUUGUUCAUCGUUCUUCAUCUCCAUAUGUGUUAUAUCCAACUGAUAAACCUUUCCUUAAUAGUGAACUCCGUCGCUCCCCAAAUAAGCCUACAUUUGCUUAUCCAGAAAGCAACAGCAGAGCCAUAUUUUCUGCUCUGAAGAAUCUUCAAGAUAAGAUUCGGCGCUUGGAACUUGAGAGGAUUCAGGCAGAAGAAAGUGUGAAAACUUUGUCUAGAGAAACAAUUGAAUAUAAAAAAGUGCUAGAUGAACAGAUACAAGAAAGGGAGAAUUCAAAGAAUGAAGAAUCAAAGCAUAAUCAAGAACUAACAUCUCAGUUGCUUGCUGCAGAAAAUAAAUGUAAUCUUUUAGAAAAACAAGUGGAGUACAUGCGGAAUAUGAUCAAGCACGCAGAGAUGGAGAGAGCUUCUGUCUUAGAGAAGCAGGUGACCCUAGAAAGAGAACGGCAGCAUGAUCAAACACAUGUUCAGAGUCAGCUUGUAAAGCUGGACCUCCUUGAGCAAGAGUAUAACAAGCUUACCACGAUGCAGGCCCUCGCCGAGAAAAAAAUGCAAGAAUUGGAAGCAAAACUGCAUGAAGAAGAACAGGAAAGGAAACGUAUGCAAGCAAAGGCAGAUGAGUUGCAGACUGAUUUAGAAACAAAGAGACUUAUCUUUGAAGAUAAAACAACUUCAUGUACUCCUAUUGCAAGAAAAAUUAAAAAAAAGAAGUCAAAACCAUCAGAAAAGAAAGGACCUAGGAACUAUCUGGGCGCACAGCCUCACUGCAGGUUGUGCUUACGUGACAUGCCGUUUGUGGCUGGGAAGUCCACCAGUCCUAGCCACGCCGUGGUGGCCAACGUGCAGCAUGUCUUGCACCUGAUGAAGCAGCACAGUAAGGCGCUGUGCAAUGACCGUGUGCUGAGUGACACUCCUCUGGCCAGACAAGCCCCUUCUCGGGGGAGAAGCAAGAAGUCAGCAAGCCCUCCCCGUGCCAGCAGCAUCAGUGAAGAGUUGUCGGAAGUCUUACAGACCCUACAGGAUGAGUUUGGCCAGAUGAGCUUUGACCACCAGCAGCUUGCAAAACUAAUUCAGGAGUCACCAAGCACUGAACUGAAAGACAACUUAGAGUGUGAACUGGAGGCAUUGGUGGGAAGGAUGGAAGCAAAAGCCAACCAGAUAACUAAAGUUCGAAAGUACCAAGCACAGCUGGAGAAGGAGAGGCCGAAGCCAGAAAAGAAGAAAGAAGGAAGCGGUAGCAGCAGCCGGUCGUCUGGGGCCACAGGGACCACAAGUAAAAAGGACUUUGCCAAAGUGAGACCCGGAGAAAAAAGCAAGAAAAAUCUUCAGUUAUUGAAGGACAUGCAGACCAUACAGAAUUUAUUACAAAGUAGUAAUGUGUGUUGGGAUUACUAACUGCUCACCACAGGUCAUAAAUUUUAUUCAGAUAAUCUGUACCUCAUCAAUCAGAUAUUGGCAAUUUACUUUCCGGGUUAAAGCCUUACGUCGGAACGAAUGAAUAGCAGGUAUUAAGGCCAAGGCCUCAUGACACAGGCGCUGGUGUCACGCGGCCAGCUGCAUUUUAAACCAUGUACAUAAAGGGGAACCCAGCGAGUUUUAGACCUGCACGUUUUCUAGGAUGAAUGCACUGUUCUGGUAUGUUGCACUUUGUAAACAAAUUACCAAGUUUUUUACUUGUGGGUGUGAUUUUUUUAAAAAAACUUUUAUAUAUAUACAGAUACGUGUGUAUAAAUUAGGUUUAAAUUUUCCAAAUUCAAGGCCAGCCCCACAGGCAGCAUUUGCUUGAAGUCUCUUUGAUCCUCCCUGGCAUCAAGGGCCCACUUCCCUUUUUUCAUACAACUAUUAAAUAUCUUUACUUUGACUAUCGAUGUUUUUUCUAUAUUUAAGUAUUUAUAUAUUUAAGAGGAUUUUGCUUUUUUGAUAUUUUAAUCAUUGGUGAAAUUUUUACAGAUCCAAGAAAUCAUUUAUAUCAUUUACCUAUAAAAUUAUAAACUUAAGAUUGUGAAUGAAAUAAGGUUCUGGAACAGUGAGAGCAGCAGAAGGGAGCUGUUGGGCAGUCUGCGCAUGUGCAGUACUUGCCUAUAAUCAUGUGAGGUGAGGCACUGGUUUUAAUUUUGAAACUCCUUGUAUGUUUUUGGUAUAGAACAUUAGUGCAGUGGGAACUGCUCACAUAAUUGUCACAGCAAUGUGAAUCUGAGUAGAUCGAAACAUGUUAGCUUUUGAUAAAUUUGCCACUGGAGUCAAUAAAGCAGUUUUUUAAGGAAACAAUUUUUACUUAGCUUGUUAACAAAGGCUGUAUUUAUUGUAAACUCUCAAAAACAGUAACGCUGCACAUAGUACCCACUACUUGACUCUGCCAUUCUCAUGCUCACAUAGAACCUAAGCCCAAGAAGCCAGGGUCACUUCCUGAUACGUAAGAACCUUUGGAGGGCUGACCAGCAGGUGGAAAGGAGGUCCGUCUGUGCCUUGGGGGGUACAGUGCGCCACGCAACCUGCAUUUGCUUUCAUCACUAAUGAUUUCUAGAGGCUUGUCAGGUCUUGUUACAUUUUCUUCAGUUAGGACGCCUUCGUUUAGCAUCCUUGCAUGUUUGAGGUGUCUGUGAAUCUCCUGAAACUAUGUAAACUGCUUAUGUGUACAAUUUUCUGACGAGCAGGUUUGGAGUAAUUAAGGUUGAAACUAGAGACCAGAGAAAGGUAAGAAACGGCUCAAUUAUCUGGUAAGUAUUUCCUCUCAUCUUCCAUUUCAACUAUUAAACUCU